CCCACACUUGUGCAGAUAAUUUGAACUGUAGAGUUUAAUUUGAAGCUUAAGUGUGAGCCUGUAGCCUCCUGUAGUCUGCAGAGUUGGAUGAUGUUUCUCCUCAUACAUAAGAUACAGCAUUAAGUCUUUACACCAGUACGCACACUAUGAGCUUCACUGUUAUAAAACUGGAUCAAAAUAUAUGGCAAAUUGUUUUUAUCACGUGACAUCUGCAGGUAUACAGAGGUGGGAAUGUAUCUGCACGCUUGGACCACACAGCGUCACACUGCCACUUUUAUGUCAUUUAUUCGCACUAAUUGUAAUAAUUUGCUACUGUUCCCUCGCCCCUUCCUGUCUCUGGGUCAACACCAGUGGGUUCGUGUGUGUGUGAACGCUGUGAGGCUCGUGUUUUUGUUGUUGUAAAAGUGUGUGAGCAUGAAGACUUCAUCCUGCGCACUUGAGCGCUGAUACGGGAGGUGGGGAGGGCCCUCGGGGCGAGCACACCCCUACCGCCUGUGUCAGAGUAUUUCAGAACAGAGGCCAGCAUUUAGUCAUUUUCUAUGAAGGCUGCACGCACACGCUCGUCCGCUGAAGUCCGCUCGAACUCGUGGACCUUAGGAGGAUACUUCCCUGUUUCCUGCGGAAUCCCGAGGACCACGAUUUGAUCCACUUUUUCUUGGCUCUUGUAGAAGCUGUGCGUCGUGACCACAGGAGACUUUUACGCACAGUUUGUUUAACGCACACGAGGACGAUGCCUCGAUCCUUCUUGGUCAAAAAGUACUUCGCCAAACAAAAGCCAAACUACAGUGAACUGGAAUGUCAGAAUGACACUUCACUGGAGAGGUAUCCUCUCGCUGAGCUCUCGUCAGGGGACAACACCUCCAUUGCCACCUGCUUCACGACAGGCCUGGUGUGGGACCUGAGUGUCCUGCCCACCCUCUACCUGCCCACCUCCCAAACAGAGCCCUCCGCCACCCCAGGCCCCCUGGACCUCAGCUCCCCGUCCAGCCUCAGCAGCAGCGCCAGCAGUUGUGGAGAGGAGGACGAAGGGCGCAGCUCAGACCCCCCCAGCCCCGAACCCGUGCACACAUACGGCCCCCGCCAGCGGAUGAAAUGCACUGGUGUCAUGCCUCACAUCAGUCCCCCUGAGGAAGAGGAGGAGAGGGAGGCGCCGGUCACAGCCGCCAGCAGGCCAGCCUUCCUCUGCAAGCACUGCCCCAAAGAGUACACCAGCCUCGGGGCGCUGAAGAUGCACAUCCGCUCACACACCCUGCCCUGCGUGUGCACCACCUGCGGAAAGGCUUUCUCCAGGCCUUGGCUGCUGCGCGGCCACAUCCGCACACACACAGGUGAGCGCCCGUUCUCCUGCCCCCACUGCAACCGGGCCUUCGCCGACCGCUCCAACCUGCGGGCUCACCUGCAGACCCACGCCGAGGUGAAGAAGUACCAGUGUGGCAUCUGCUCUCGUACCUUCAGCCGCAUGUCGCUGCUGCAGAAACACAGCUCCUCGGGGUGCUGCUCCAGCGCGGUGUGAGACACCACAGAGACAGACAGAGGGGACCCACUCAGAGCUCAGGACAGUGGAGGGUUAGAGGCGAGCCAACGGGCCUGCUGACUGCCUGUAAGGCCCCAGAGAGCUUGAAACGGCCUGAAUGAGAGACUUGGAGGGAUUGGAUGUGACUUUACAAGCCUUUUUAGCUUCUCUGCUCUGUGAUAAAUCAUCCGAGGAGCAGAUUUUAGAUUGAGGUCUUGAAGCCGGACCAAAUCUGAACAGAGCAAUGGCAACACUCACUUGAUAUCAGCCCCUUUGUUGCUAUUGUGCCCAUUCCAAAGACCAAAUAUGUAGUGAACUCAUUGGGGUAAGAGGUGUUCUUUCCUGUCUCUGUCCUGGUGCCGGCCAGCUCAGGAUCAUGGCUCAGACACAGCUGCUGAGAGGUAGGGGUGCGUGGGUGGAAUAAAUCUCUCAGCGUGCCUUAAAAACACACACAUACACACACACACACACACACACACACAAAAGCAAAUGCACACACAGCUGUCCCUGGUACUGUGGUGUAGAUAGACGAGGUGCUAACAGGUGCUACAGCCAUGACCUUCGCUGGUUGAUAGCAGGUGACUUCCACUGCCCUUGGUUUGCUUAAGAAAAAAAAGAGGAAGCGUGUCAUCACAAAAGAAUGGCACCAGUUAGUCCUUCUUCACCAGCGGGGGAUCGUUUUAAGCCUCUGUUUUGACUACAUCCAAACCUUCUCUUUAAUCUGAUGCUUUUCAGAGAUAGAAAAAGACGUUCACUCUGUUGUUGUCCAAAGGAGCUUCGAUGACAAUGCAAGCCGUGCACUCAAGGUUACCACAGUGUUAAUAAUAACAGCCAAAGCCAUAUUAUGUAACGUGAAUGAAUUUGUGCCUUGAAAUUGUGUAAGUUUUGAAAACCAAAAAAUGUGCCUUUUCUUCUUUUUUUUUUUUUUUUUUUACCUCAGUAAGUAUAUGUGGAUUUGAAUAAACAUUGAUUGCAGUAUUAGUAGAAAUUAGCACCAAACAGGUUGAGAUGUAAGAAGGCUGGGACCAAAGAUUUGUAAGUGUUGGUGUGAUGGUUGUCUCAUGUGAGAUCAGAAGCCUGUAAACAGGCCGUACAAAGAUGAAUUUGUAACUUUCCUAAACAUUUUAUGGCAGUGUUUUAUAGUGCAAUGUGCAGAUGAUGUGUUAUUUCAAUUUUGUACCAUGCUCAUGUGUUCACUUUUUAUUCUUAUGUUGUAACUGAUUCAUUUUCAUUCAAUAAAGUAAUUUAUGUUUAUUAAAACUUG